CCCUGCAAGUUGCUCCCAUCUCCAUCCUACUUGUUCCUUUGGUGAACCAGAUUCACUGAAUUCUGCACCAAGAUGUCUCAACUCUUGACAAGAAUUGCCACCAUCAUUGAUGUUUUCAACCAAUAUUGUGGUCAAGACAAGGAAUGUGACAUGAUAAGCCAACAAGAACUGAAGGAAUUUCUGGAAAAUGAGCUGCAGUUCAUUGUGCAGAAUUCAGAAGACUCUGAAGCUGUAGAUGUCAUCAUGCUUAAUAUGGAUCUGGAUCAAAGUGGGAGAGGACACUUGACUGACUUGGUUUUCCAGAUAAUAAAGAAGAUACUUUUAAUGAAAAAAUGCAACAAGAAAGAAUCUAGUCAAGGUAACAGUUAUCAUAUGGAAGAGAUUGAAAAAGAAGAGAAAAGGUGGAGAAAAGAUUUGAUGAGGUCAAAUUGGAAUCAGAAAGAGGAAUAUGGGCCAAGGAGAAGUAAAUAUUCAUUGGAAACAGAGAAAGUCAGGUAUAGACUACACGGAGAAGAGGAAAGAAAAGAUUCAGUAUCAAGCUCAGAUGAAGAAAAAGACUCAGAGAAGAAAAAUUACACAUCAAACUCAAGCAAAGCAGGAAACAAUAAGGGAGAUGAAAAAACAGUAUCAAGAAAACAGGGAUGGAGGAUAAAGAAAGAAAGCGAAAGACCCUCCAAAAAGAGUGGAGGAGAAAAACGUGAAACCGACUAUGAAAGAUCAAGUAAGCAGGAGGGAGAAAGAAAGAAGCAAGAUAUGAAAAGUACCGUGGGAAACAAUGAAUCUAACAAGAGGGGACAGACAGUAAGAUUUGAAAGUGAAGAAAAACAACGUACAUGCCAAGAAAAAACAAACAUAUAUAGAAGAAAUUAUGCCAUGGGAAAAAAUGAAAAUUGUGACAUUGAAACAAACGACUCAAAUAAAUUUUCUGAAUCAAAACAAAUUGGGUCAGGAUCAGGGAAGUCAUACAACAGCAAAAGACAUGGAACAACGUCAGGAAAGGAAUCAGAAACCUGUGAAACAAAGAAAGGGAGUUCCAGUGGUCAUCAGUCCUCAAAAUCUAGCCAAUACAGUUUUCCUUACAUCAAUGGAACUUACUCUGACUCUGGCUCUGACUCUGAAUGUGGAACCUGCUCAGACUACAGGAAUGACACUGGAACGAGUAAGUCCUCAAGCUCUAACCAAUAUGGUUCACAAUCAGGGCACUCAUCUAGCACCAAAGGACAUAAAUCUAGUUCAGGAAAAAAGGCAAGCAGCAUGGGAGGAAGAGGAUACAACUCCAGUUCCCCUAGUGCUCAAACACAUUCCUCUGGACCUGGCUCUGGCUCUGGCUCUGACUCUGGCUCUGGCACUGACUCUGACUCUGGCUCUGGCUCUGAAUCCUGUUCAUGCUCAGGCUCAGAAUCGGGCUCAGGUCACUCCUCAGGCUCGCUCUAA